AUGCUCCGUCAAGCUAGACGCCUUCGCCUCACUCGCCUCUCCCGUGUGUACGUCCCGCGCAGGUUGCUGACUAUGGCUGCACCAGCUACGUCUUCCUCGUCGGCUGCAGUGCCACCACCGUUCAAGGCGGCCACGACUGCUGCACCCGGUCCGGUGCCCACUACCUCCCACUCGAACGCCACCCGGCUGCCUGCUAUCGAUGCGUCUCCACCGCGGUACACGGGCCCGCGCGACAAGCUUGACCGCUCCCUCUUCAAGCGCACAAUACCACUACUAGCCGCGCGCGUGCCCGCUUCACGCACCGGCGCCGUCCUGCGCGCGCCCGAACUCCGCGGCGUGGUCGCAGACAUCCCUCGCAAACGUUCAGUCGUGCACGCGCCGAGGAAGGAUGCAGACGCGUCGGCGACUGACGAGGGCGGUGACCGGCUCGUACUCCUGCGUGGCAACAGCGAAUACGACCUUCCUGAUAUCGCACGCGACCUGCUCAAGCGCGAGAAUGCGACGCUCGAGACGUACAACCUCGAGCUUGGGUAUGAGUACUGGAAUGCUCCCGAAAUCCUCUACGCCAUUUUCCCUCCCGACGCCGGCUUCGACGAAGUGCCUAGCUCAUUCGCCAUCACCGGACACAUCGCCCACCUCAACCUCAUCGACGAGUACCUACCAUACAAGUACCUCAUUGGCGAGGUCAUACUUGACGUCACCCCCCUCGUCCGCCCCUCCUGCGAGGAUGGGCGGGAGUUUAUCAGGAAUGCGGUGCGCCGCGCGCGGGAGGAGCCGUUUCCGGGGUACGCGCCGCCGGUGUCGAGGACGAGGGCGAAGGCGGAGCGGAGGCGGAGGGGGGAGGGUAGCGCGACACCGCUUGGUCAAGAUAAGGAGGAAGGGAAGGGGAGGGCGAAUGUGGCGGAGGCGGCGGUGGCGGAGAACGCACCGCUGUCGACGGAUUGUGCACCAGCAACGACAGCACCAGCGAGGACGGUAGAGGAGACAGCGCCAGCACCUCCCCCCCGCUCCCACAUCGACCACUUCGUGAUGAACCUGCCGGAGAGCGCGAUCGAGUUCCUCGACGCCUUCCGUGGAUUAUACGCCGACGAUUCACGGUAUGCGCUGCGUGAAGACGGGACAGGGGACUCGUCCCAGACGGACAAGCCCGACGCCGAUUCGGCAGGAAGAAAGACAGAGGCACUGCCCAUGCCCAUGAUCCACGUCCACUGCUUCACGCGCGAGCCAGAGGAGGGCGCGAGGGAGGAUAUUAUGGAGGAGAACUUUCACGUCUCCUACGACGGCGGCCUCACCCACUACACAAUGCACUCGAGCGGGGCUCGAUUUGUUGACCGCGAGAGUGACGGUGUUCCGGCCCGGGUUUGGGGACUGACGCCAGCGACGCUCUUCUUCACCGUGACCUUCAUGUCGUCCUUCUCCCUCCCCUCAGUCUCGCUUUCGUCCCAGCAGGCUCACCGCCUACCCAUCCUAUCCCUCAGAAUGCAAUGCAUUGCUUGCACAACGGUCCAGAGCCCCGUGACGGUGCCGAUGCCGCUUAUCGCGACGGCGAGGAGGGAGGGUCGGGAUAAGAUACCAGGACCCAAGACCUGCUUCGGGAUGAAAGAUACCGUGGUGUGGCGCACAUAUAACUACCCCAUUGCGCGACCUCGCGAUCGGUGA